CUUUUUCCCCACCCCCCUCCACAACGCAUUAGUCCACUCGUCAUCACACUUCUCUAUUUGCACUCACUACACAAUGUUCGCUGCCGUGUCGUCCAGUCUUCGUCUCGCAGUCACUGCGCGCCACUUUUCCUCCUCCGCUUCCUCUGCACUCGCAUCCGCUGCCAAACGAGCCAUGGUCAAAGUCGGUGAUUCUCUCCCCUCGGUCCAAGUUUACGAAAACGACGCCAAGACCACUGUCGACAUUGCCGAGCUCUUCAAGGGCAAGAAGGGCAUCCUGUUUGGCGUUCCCGGCGCCUUCACCCCCGGCUGCAGCAAGACCCAUCUGCCCGGCUACGUCAAGGACUAUGAAAAGCUCAAGGCCAAGGGCGCUGAAGUGAUUGCUGUCAUUGCCGUCAACGACGGCUUUGUCAUGCAGGCUUGGGGCGCGGCUCACAACGCCGAAGGCAAGGUCCGCAUGCUCGCCGAUCCCACCGCCGAGCUCACCAAGGCCCUCGGCCUCGAGUUCAACGCCCCGCCGCUCGGUGGCCUCCGCACCACCCGCUUCUCCGCUGUUCUCAACGACGGCGUCUUCACCCACGUCAACAUUGAGCCCUCCGGCGGCGGUCUCACCUGCUCCCUUGCCAACGUUAUCUACGACCAGCUUUGAGCGAGAUGCAAGGUGUUCUUGAGCAUUCGCGAUUGCUAAAAUCUGAUUGCGAGAGAUUGCUGUGUGACUGAAAUUGUUGUCAAGUACAAAGUCCCACCCAA